AUGUCCUAUUGGGCCAGCCCAUCAAGCAAACAGCAGCCCGUUAUCCUUCCACUGCAGAGAGCGGGUGGUUCUCGCUGCUCUGUGAAUCCAGCCUCUACGCAGUACCCACCACUUCAGAAACCUAGAAGCCCAAACCUUCGCCUGGGCCACAAGAUCCAACUCCCCGCUUGGAACGGGCGGGCCAGCAUUAAGUCUGCAAUUGGCCCAGCCAGCUGGAUUGGCCCAAUGUCCACAUCACCUUUAGGCCCCCACUUGGGUGACAAGCUUGAGUUACCAAGCUCGACGAGCAAGUUGUGUAAUACGUUAUAA